AUGGAUCCUUUAAUAGAAAUAAGAAAACUCUCUCCCAGUGUAAUAAGACAUCUUGGAAGCCUUUUAGAUUACGGCGACCAAUGGAAAGACCUUAUGGGUAUAGUUCCAAAACAACUACCCAAAGAUGACUUUGAAGCUCAUAUUUCUGACAGCAACCCUGCAAAAUAUACUGCAGAUGAUAUCCAAAUAAUUGCUCAAGGAUCAAUCCAAUUGAAAAAAUCCCCAACAGCAAUUUUAAUAGACGAAUGGGGAACCUCAGGACGUCCACGUGCAAAUUUAGGUCAUCUAGCCCAUUUGCUGACCCAAGCAAACCUGUUUAGAGCAGCUGAUUAUGUUUCGGUGGAUUUACUCAAAAAUCCAACUGUUGUCAGACCUCUAGAUGGCCCUUCUUCCACAAUAAAACUGGAAAUAAACGAUUGGAUGCGUAGCGAGGAAGCCGCCAAUAUGAAAACCCACAAAAAUCCAGGAUUGGGUUCUUUGCUGAAGAUGAUCGAUUAUCCUGAAUUGGACGAUAUUUCUGAGAGUUUAUUGAAUUGUCAUGGAAUUAAAAAGGCAAAUCAAAAUUUGGAUUUUUUGUUGGAGGGUUUGGAGUAUCCAUAUAGUGAUGGAAUUGAUUCUGAAACUAAAUCGGUAACAAAUUCAAAAGAAGCCAUUGGUAAUGAAAUGUUUAAGAUGUUGUCAAGUGGUGCUGGAAAGGAGAACAAAUUCAAAAAGGAAAAAUUAAAAGGUAUGAAUAUACAAUUUUCAGAAACUUCUCUAGAAAGUUCUUCAGUUCCACCGAUAUCCAUGUUACUAGAAGAAGUUGGCACAGAAAAAUGCAAUAGUGUGUCAAGUCCAGGAACAUGCAACCAUAGCUUUUUCUCUGGACUUAUGGAAAAAUUUAAGAGCAAAAACGAUUUUGAGGAAUAUUCUAAUAUUCCAGCUUUCAGUAAGAUUUUGAACGACCAUCAAUUUUCAAAGUGUCACGAGAACAAAGUGAAAAAUGUGGAUGAUGUUUCGAUUUGUAGUAGGACAAGAAGAAAUUCGUUAUAG